AUGGCACGAGUCUGGUCGUUGCAGGAAGUAGCUCAGCAUAACGCGUCCAGCUCCUGCUGGGUGGUCAUAAACAAUAAAGUAUACGACGUGACGGACUUCCUGCCAGCACAUCCAGGGGGCGACAAGAUCAUUCUCAAGUAUGCUGGACGUGACGCUACGGCAGCGUAUGAACCCAUACAUCCCAAGGAUGCUCUGGACAAGCAUUUACCACCAGAGAAACACCUGGGUCCCCUCGAUAGCGCAGGAACCGACGUCCUGAAAGAGGAGCAGGCUGCUCGACGGAAGACGCAAGAUGAGAUUCGUGUGGAGCAAGCGCGCGCACGAAAGCGACCCAUUAAUCAAAUACUAAGUCUUCAGGAUAUGGAGGACGUCGCCCACGAGGUACUAUCAUAUAAAACUUGGGCUUUCUACAGGUCCGCUUCAGACGACGAAAUCACCUACAAUGAAAACCGCCGUGCAUUUUCUCGUUUCUUCUUCCAUCCGCGUGUCCUUAGGCCGGUAUCAAAAGUCGAUCCUUCUACGACCAUACUAGGCUUUAGUAGUUCUCUGCCAAUAUUCGUGAGCGCAGCGUCCCUGGGAAAGUUAGGACACCCCCUUGGCGAGCUCAACAUAACGCGAGGCGCUGGACGUACUGGCAUCAUUCAGAUGAUUUCCCACUAUGCGUCGGUGUCGCGUCAAGAGCUUGCUGCCGCCCGCAUAUCGCCUUCCCAACCACUGUUCUUCCAGCUCUAUAAAGAUAAGGACGACAAGGUGUCAGAGAAGGAUCUGCAUGAAAUCGAGGGAUUGGGAUUCAACGCAGUAUUCCUGACAGUGGAUGCCUCCCUAAAUGGAAACCGUGAGCGAGAUCUGAAAGCGCCCUUUGAGCUCGAGGCGCAAGAACGGCUGUUGGAAGAAGCUCAAGUUGCCGGUAAAGGUGAGAUGCCGGAAAGGCCUGAGGAUGCGGAUAACAAACUGGUGGAGGGCGAGCUUGUCUUGGUAGGCACGUCAGGCGGCUUGCGGACAACGUCCGACUUAGAUAUGUCUUGGUCAAGAACUCUUCCUUGGCUGAGGAGAACCACGAAGUUGCCCAUUGUCCUUAAAGGUAUCCAAACUGUCGCGGACGCAGUUAUGGCUGUAGAAGCUGGAGUAGAAGGUAUCUUGAUCUCGAAUCAUGGCGUUGGUCAUUUUGCCGAAUUAUUUUGUAGCUCUCUGCCUCCCAUAGAGGUCCUGUAUAGAAUUCGAAAGGAGCGUCCGGACGUGUUUGACAAAUUAGAAGUCUAUAUUGACUGCGGAGUACAUCGUGGUACCGACGUCCUGAAAGCAUUAUGCCUAGGUGCUCGAGCCGUCGGUCUUGGAAGAGCCUUCCACUUUGCACAAAGCGCAUACGGUGAAGCUGGUGUUGUGCAGACUGUACGCAUCUUGCAGCGAGAAAUCAUUCUCGGUAUGAGAUUACUUGGUGUCACCAGUGUAAAGGAGCUGGUACCAGAAAUGAUAGAGCGUGUGGAUUGGCAGCCCUUACUCUCCAAAAUGUGA